UCACAUACUCAUCAAGUAAUAAAAUUACUUGACUUGACUUCGCCCCCGCCGUCGCUUGUUGACUAUUUAUCAAGUCGGAUGUUUUAUUGCAUUUAUUUAUACUAAUUCCUGAAAAUAACGAGUCGGGGUGAAAAAGAGAAACAUUAACAGAGACAAAUGAGUUAAUUAGAAAGACCGUUCCCCACAUAAGCCGAAAUGCCACCACGCGUCUUAAUUCCUUCCACAUAAAACGCCAGCGUUGUUGGCUGUUUUCUUCACUCAAAAAUCAUCCCAAUACAUUAGCACAAUUUGUAGCAUAUAGUAUUACUUACAAGGAUUUAAUUGCUGCAGCCUGCAUGCAUACAAUAUGAGGAGGAUCCUAAUUAUUUUGCAGCUCUCUUUGGUCAUGGUGGAAUUGGUUGUGAUAUUAUUAUUAGCAACUCCAAUUGCAACAGCAGCUCAAGCCCUGCCUGGCUGCCAAGAUCAUUGUGGCAAUCUCACAAUCCCAUAUCCAUUUGGCAUAGGCCCUGGCUGCUACCUCCAACCCGAAUUCAACAUCACUUGCAACCAAUCCACCCAGCCCCCAACAGCAAAUUUGAGGACAAGCAAUAUCAAAGUCACCAACAUAUCCCUUGAAGAGGGUGAGCUCCAAAUUCUGCAAUAUGUAGCCGAAGACUGUUACAACGCUCAGGGCAACCAGACCGACGGAAACGUCCCCAGGCUGCAGGUGUCUCCUCCCUACACCAUCUCCCAUACCAAGAACAAGUUCUACGCCCUUGGCUGCGACACGUUAGCGUAUUUAACUGGCUACCGGGGCAACCAACGGUACACGACGGGGUGCAUGUCCAUAUGUGAUAGUCUAGAUAUGGCUGUUGACGAGGAGGACACUUGCUCCGGCGUAGGCUGUUGCCAAGUGUCCAUCCCUAGCGGACUGAAAAAUCAGACCGUCAUGUUGACAAGCCCUACAAAUCGCACGGGCAUAUGGGAAUCGAACCCCUGCAGCUACGCGUUUAUUGUGCAAGCUGACCGCUUCGAAUUCAGUCGUACAAGUUUGAAACUGAUGGACAACACAAGUUUGCUUCCGGCGGUUCUUAAUUGGGAAAUUGGGAAUCAGUCAUGUGACGCAGCUCAAAAGAGCGAAGGUUUUGCAUGCAAGGGAAAUAGCACCUGUACUACUGUUGGGUCGGCAGGUUACAUUUGCAACUGCAUGCCAAAUUACCAUGGGAAUCCAUACCACCCAGAUGGUUGCCAAGAUACUGAUGAGUGCAAGGAUUCAAACCCCUGCCCUAUCGGAACGUGCAUAAAUUUACUGGGAAAUUAUUCUUGUAAAUGUCCUAAAGGGUACAAAAAUGACGUCAUGGAUGAAAAGAAAUGCAUCAAAGACAACAAUCGUUCAAAGAUCAUUCUCCCGCUCGUUAUUUCAUUGGGUAUGCCUCUUAAUUUACAUGGUGCCAGUGGAGGCUUCUUGCUUUUACUGGUUGGAAGUUUAUGGAUAUAUUGGGGGAUGCAGAGAAGAAAGUUCAUCAAACUCAAAGAGAAAUACUUCAAAGAAAAUGGCGGCUUAUUGUUACAACAACAACUCGCUAGUCAAGGAGGCUCUAUGGAAACAACAAAACUCUUUACAGCAGAAGAACUUGAGAAGGCCACUAACAACUACCACGAAAGUAGAAUCCUUGGUGAAGGAGGCUAUGGAACGGUUUACAAAGGAAUAUUACCAGAUAAAAGCGUGGUUGCCAUAAAGAAGUCAAAAGUUAAUGAUGCGCCAGCUCAGAGUGACGUUUUUAUUAAUGAGGUGAUUGUCCUUUCUCAAAUCAAGCACAGAAAUGUGGUGAGGUUAUUAGGUUGUUGUUUAGAGACACCGGCGCCAUUACUGGUUUACGAGUUCAUCGUUGAGGGCACUCUUUCUGAGCACAUCCAUAAAAAAAAUGGCGAAAGAUCAUCACUUUCGUGGGAGCUGCGAUUGAAUAUAGCGACAGAAACAGCAGGAGCACUAGCAUACUUACACUCCUCUGCUCUCAUGCAAAUUAUCCACCGAGAUGUGAAAGCAACAAACAUACUAUUAGAUGAACAUUACACGGCAAAAGUGUCCGACUUUGGAGCUUCAAGAGUGCAAGGAACAUUUGGAUACUUAGACCCCGAAUACUUCCUUACGACUCAACUGACGGAAAAGAGUGACGUCUAUAGCUUCGGAGUUGUCCUUAUGGAGCUAUUGACAAGCAAAGUGGCACUUUCUUUNNNCUUAUUUUGUGGAUGUUAG